CUCUUGUCGGCUUCUGUACCUCCACCCGGAAGUAUCCACAAUUCAAUUCAUUCUGGUAGAGUUCGUGCAUGCAGUAUUACGACUCUCAUUAAUUAUUUUAUUUCAAAAUGCGUCGGAGACCGGAAGCUCAAGCAUCAAACACUGAAAAUGUUAAUGCUGAUAAAAAGGAUCCAGAUCAAAGACCUCGUAAUCAGGCUGAAGCUAAAGGCAGAGUGUCUUAUGGUUCUGGUGCUCAUAAACAUUGGAAAGUGUUUACUUUUAAUCAUCAUCAUCCCUCCGUUCCUCAACUAUGCAUCGCUGCAGAGAGAAGGACAGAUGCUCUUGCCCAAAGAUGGCCAAAUUGUUGACAUAAGUUUGGGUCAAAAGAUGCAUCUUUUGUGUAAAGGACAAGGAAAACCAGUUGUCAUACUGGAUGCUCCAACUGGAAUGUCCUCAGACAUUUGGUUUCAUAUCCAAGAAAGUGUGGCUACACUAACGAAGGUUUGCACCUAUGACAGAAUGGGACUGGGCUUCAGCAAGCGGAUGAUGCAGAAUGAAACCACAGGAACUGAGAAAGUUUGGGGGAUGUCAACAACUGGACGGAUGGUGGAUGAUCUGCAUCGACUCCUGCAGGCUGCAGGAAUAGCCAAACCCUUCAUCCUGGUGGGCUCUGAGCUUGGUGCACUCAAUGGAAGGUUCUACAGCCACAUUCACGAUGUGCAAGUGUCAGAUCUGGUGCUGAUUGAUCCCAUCCCAGAGGACAUUUUUGAGGAGGACCAGUGGAAGGAGUACUGGUAUGGUAAGCUGUUGCCGUCGUUCCAAGCCAGACAGUUUUCAGCAGCUACAGGACUGAGCCGCAUGCUGAUUAUCCUUGGGGCGAUUGAACCAACUAUCAAAGGCGAAAAUGUCUCAGAGGAGGUCAUCCAGCGCCAGGAUGGUGCUAGUGUGAGAAUAAUCAUGUCUCCUCCUCAGCAGAGAUUCGAGUGGAUGAUGAUUGCAGGAGCGUUUGUCUUCAUAUCGUCAGAGACUGUGAAUUUGGCAUGAUAUGACUCCAGACCUCAUUUUUAAAUAAAUGAAAAUUGAACCCAUUCCUGGAGCUGACAUGACGCCGCAAAUGCACUGUAUCUUUCCAUGCCUUCUAUAUUGUAAAACUCAGCCUUUUGACAGGUCAUACAGUUUGCGAGUAAAAGGCUGUUAAUAUAAGCUACAAGCUUUUUGCUGUGUAUUGCAGAUGAGUUUUUUUCUGCAGGGGAGGGUUUUUAUUUUGCACUGCUCAGAUCUGCUGUGAAUCUGUUAAAAAAAAUACAGUUGUGACACUUCUGCCUGUCCUAAAGGCCUGUAGUCAUUUUUUACUUGCAAUGGAAAACAUCUUUGGCAGAAGAGGAGUAAUGGAUUCUGGUGAUGAACAACAGCCAAUAUCUCUGGUGACAUGGGAAAGUGCUCUUUAUAGGCUGACACCUUAUUUCAGUGUUGAAACAAACCUCUAACAUUCAUGUAGGGUGCAUUAGGGACACAGACAAAGAGAUUAUUGCAUAAAAGCAAAUUUUGUAGCCAUUUGUUACAUUUAAACCAUACAGCCCUUCUUCAGUUUCUUUUAUUUUUUGUACAGAGAAACAUCUUACACUUUAGUGGCCCUCUGUGAACGCUCAGUGACAUUUCUAACAUCCGCUCCACAUUAAAUGUUUUUCUGCAGCUGUCUGCAUGAUGUGAUGACGCCUGCUUCUGGAUGAAUGCGAACUGUUCGUUAAGACGCCUUGUUCUCUGCUGCCAGCCACCCACGAUUUGAUGGCAGUAGUGAUGAGGGACCUAUUUCAGCUUUUCAAGUAUUACAGUUGUUGCCAAGGAGAUAAGGACAUCAUUGUGCUUGAAUUCUCCAAGGACAGAGAAAGGUUUUGUAGACAGGCUAGUGAAGGUUAUAACGUACACACACACACACACACUCACAAGCUUGCCGGACUCAAUAGAGCAUGCAGUCCAUUUCUCAAGGGCAUGUUCUGUAACCACUGCUUAAUUGAACUGGAGCAGAAUUGUUUGCUGCUAUGUUAACGGCACCAAAGCUAUUUGGUCUCAUCACGUGUGGGUGAUAGAUACAGUUAAAGGGGAAUUCUUCUUAGUUUGAGUUUUCACAUCUAUUCUGAUAGUGUGGUGAACUUUACCCGCUCUGAACUCCAGAAUCAGGGAACCAAGACUGAGAUUUCAGAUGUGAUAUUAGCCUGGAGCUGCUUCAUUGAAUGAGCCAGACACUGACACUGUCUUCAAAUUGUCUUGUUGUGGCAAUAGAUAUAAUUAUGGUUUAUAAUUUCCCAGAUUUUUUCCAAAUCAUCUUGGAAAUGUACAUUUCAGAUGGAUUUAACAGUUCAGAGAAUUCUGCCUUUCUUUACAUUGGAAGAUGGUACCUGUUCUAAAUAAGGUUACAUUUUGUAAAGACCUUGCAUACUGAUACUUAAUACUACUCACAACUGUUUGCAAAACAGAUCUGUGAAAGCUAUACAGUGAUUUCUGGGUGUGUGUAAAAUGGUCAGAUGAUCAGAAGAAAUAUUAAACAAACCACAUGUGGAUACAAGAAGUUUUACAUAGCUCGGUUUUUGUCAAAUGCUUACCAUCAGCAUAUGACAGCACAGCAUUCUUUAUUUGUGAAGUGAUAUCUCAUAUAAUGUGUUUUACACGUGUAUUCACUACCAUGUAUUUGUAAUGUCCUAUUAGCCUUCAGGUGUAUGACACUUGAAUACAAAGAAAUGUAUUAAUUCAUUUUAGAUUUAGUGAGUGAUUUAUUUUCUGUAUCCCUGCUCC